AGUCCAAAAAGAGUGGGAGAACCAUGUACUCAAUGCAUGAAUUUGGAGCAGCAGACUUCAAGGCUCUGACAAGCAUAGAAAUAUGGUGGGAGGAUUGGUAUGUAGAUGAAGUCCUGCUUCUAAUGCGUAUGAGGCAAAUCAAUUUCCCCGAGUACUAUGAUUCUACUGACAUAAUCCUGGACCUCAACUUUUACAACAACAUGUCCAAGAGGUACGCAGAAUUGACAAAAGAGAGUACAGUUCCAAAUGUCGUGUCUUUGAAGGUUAGACUUGCUGAAUUCAAGUGGGAUGAUGAUAUGGUCGAUUAUUGUAGGGGUGUCAGACCCUACCCGGGAGGCUGCUCGUGGGCUGGUGCAAAGAGGGUUUUAACAGUGAUGAAUAUUAAUGCCACACAUUUUGUCACUCUCGAGUUCAUGAUUGAAGAGGGAGUGGUAAAUGUGUAUGACUGCAACGUUCCUGUCUAUGAAGAAUCUGAUUUCUUUUGUUUCAUGGAGCCGGUAAUGGAAUUGUGGCCCAAGUUAUUGCAACAGAGUGGAAUGUUCGCACACUUGCCUUGCAAAGUUACUCAAUGAAUCGUGGGAAUUCAAUAGGCUACAGAA